AUGAUAGUUACCGAUCGCGUGCGAGUUCUGCAGCUCUACAGGCGCAUUCUAAAAAUAGGCAAGCACUUUUUUUUUCUCGAGUUCGAUUCUAGAAUUUCCUACGUGCUUUUCAAAAAAUAAUUGAAGUUUUUUUUAAACGAAAAGCUGACAUUGUACACAUGAUCGACGAGUGCGCAAACAAUUUGAUUUUCUCCAAUUCAGGUAAAAGCUGGGAGGCACUGGAGCCCGCCCAAACCAAUUAUGAGCGAGCUGGAAUUCUUUUGGAAGCUCGACUCAGCUUUCGCGAAAACAAAGAGGUCACCUUGUGCCAUUUUAUUUUUGAAACGUAUUCGUUUCAGCUCUCCGAUGCACGGGAAAUAUCCAAACUUAUUAUUCGUGCCGAGCAACGAAUUGAGUUAGCGCAGCAUUAUGGAAUUCCUUACAAGCGGCCUGAAUAUCUCCCACCAGAUACAGCAUUUAGUGAGUUUCUCUUGUUUAAUCAAAAAAAUUCAAAUUUUCAAGAAAAAUACUCUACCGAACUAAUUAAUUACAGAUGUCAAACUUUCCGCCAAAAAGUUUCAACAGCUUUCGAGAUUGCGAAAAACUGCCCAAUGA